AUGAGGGAGAGGCCCUCAGGGUCAGCCGAAUGCCAGAGAGGCAGGACAGGCCCAAAGGCAGGGUGGCAGCUGCUCCCUACGGCCAGGAGUCCAGCCCAGCACCCACCUGAGUCCACCUCAGUCCUGCUCAACUGGGUCAUCCGUGCUCUGGGCCCUCUGGUCCCACCCACAGAGGGAGGGCUUCGGAGCGACCAGGUGAGCUGGCCAUUGUGGGAGGAUGUACCAACUCCUGAGCCUGGCGAGCCAGGCAGCCCCUUGCCAGUGUCCCCACACCCACCUCUCCAGCCCCCCUCGUUCCCUGAUCCUCCCAUCUGCUCCCCUGACCCAGCAGUUUCCUCUGCUCACUCUCUUCCUGCUCCCAGGCUCGCCUGGUCACGUGUCCUUCACUCUCCUCUGAGACUCCCUCUUUCCAAGCCGCCUCCACUCUACUUGACACACUCUCCCUUAAGACACCAGAGUACACAAGCGCAAGUCCCUGCACCUCACCUUUACUCCCAGACAUGGGAGGGAGAUGACAUGAAGACCCAAACGCCACUUAGCAGGAGAUCUGGGGUAUGCAGAGGGGCAGAACUGAGGCUGUGGAAGCUCCAGGGGCUCCCUGCAGGAGGCCGCAUGUAA